AUGGAAAAGUUGUUGAUUCUUAUGGAUGAACUGGAUGAAAAGCUGGGCAAUGGAAAAGAAAAUAAAAACGUUGAAGAAAUUGUAUUCGAACACAUCAAAAGAGCUAAUAAUGAGUCAGAAGUUAAAGUUGAUUUUCCAACAGGUUUGGACUGGUUGAACGUAAAUAAGCCACUUUCUUCAGAAUUGUUAAAAGGAAAAAUUGUAAUAUUGGAUUUUUUUACAUAUGGUUGCAUUAAUUGUUUUCACAUGUUUCCCAUCAUUCGAAAACUUGAAGAAAAAUAUUCAUUGAAAGAUGGUGUUGUUAUAAUUGGAGUUCAUAGUGGUAAAUUUGAAAAUGAAAAAAAUUCAAAAAAUAUUGGGGAUGCAUUAAAAAAAUAUGGAAUCAAACAUCCAGUGGUGAACGAUAAGAAUAGUGAUUUGUGGAAUAAGUAUAACAUUAUUUGUUGGCCCACAAUUUUAAUAUCAGAUCCAUCACAAAAAAUUAUAUUUAAUUUAAUAGGAGAUCAACACAAAGAUGAUUUGGAAUUAUAUGUUAAGGUUGCUUUAAAAUAUUAUAAAACAUCAAUAUCAACUCAUGGGUUACCUAUUGUAGAAUCAGAUGAAAUAAUUUCAUCUUCUGCUUUAAAGUAUCCUUCAAAAAUUACCAGAUGGGGCAACUUAUUUGCAGUUUCCGAUAGUGGCAACCAUAGAAUAAUAAUUUUUAAUGUUGAAGGUGUUGUAAAGUAUACAAUUGGAGGUAAAGAACAAGGUUUUAAGGAUGGAAAUUUUCAAGAGGCUCUAUUCGAUACACCACAUGGUCUUGCUUUCUUCAACGAAAGUAUAUUAUACAUUGCAGAUACCAACAAUCAUGCUAUAAGGUUGGUCGAUCUUAAUAAAAUGAUUGUGACUACAGUGGUAGGAAAUGGCGAAAGAGGAAAUGAUUUGAUUGGUGGUCAAAUAGGAAAUAAUCAAAAAAUUUCUUCUCCCUGGGAUGUUUGUCUAUCUGCUACAUUUUAUUUUUCUUCAAUGCCAAAAAUACCAGAACCUAUUGGUUCACCUUUAAGACAUAUUACAAAAUCUUUAGAUGUUUUAAAGUCUUCAACUCCUUCAGUACCACCACCACCACCGCCGCCAUCAUCAUUACAUAAGACUUCUGAUUUAUCGUAUUCAUCUCAUAAUUCUCAUACUCCAUCAUCAUUAUCACCGCCGCCACCGCCACCGCCUCCGCCUACAAUCACUUCUAACUUAUCCCAUUCUUUUCUUUCUCCCACACCUCCUCCUCCACCGCCACCGCCGCCUGUACCUACCGCACGCAUUCCCCUGUCUAAAAAUCUUUCACGACAGUGUUUUUUAAAAGAUGAAGAAAAAUUUUCGGGGGAUAAAGAAUUGGAAAAAUCAGCCAAAGUUUUACUCAUCGCGACAUCAGGAACUCAUCAAAUAUGGGCAUAUUUUUUGGAAUCUGGAAUGUGGAAUGGAAAAAUGUAUAAGGAAAAAGUAUGUUUAGCAAUAGCGGGAAAUGGUAAAGAAGAAAAUAAAAAUAAUGAUUUACCAAAUAAAGCUGGAUUUGCUCAGCCAUGUGGUAUAACAUACAGUGAAGAUUUAAAAGUUUUAUUCAUUGCUGACACGGAAAGCUCAAGCAUAAGACGAUUAUCAUUGACAAAAGGAUCUGUGACACAUUUGGCUGGAGGUUCCAGAUUUCCAGAAGAUUUAUUCAGUUUUGGUGAUGUCGAUGGUAAAGGUUAUAACGUCAGAUUGCAACACCCGUUGGGACUAACCUGGAACAAGAAGAGAAAAUCCCUUUUCGUAUGCGAUUCGUAUAAUCAUAAAAUUAAACAGAUAAAUGUCGAGACAGGAACAACCUCAAGUUUGCACAAAGAAUCAAAUUUAUUUUCCGAACCUGGAGGCUGUUGCAUGAGUUCCUGUGACGACAUCAUAUACGUUUGUGAUACCAACAAUCAUAAAAUUAAAACGAUAAAUUUAUGUAAAGAAAAGGAAGUUGAGGAAUUGGAAAUAAAAUUUGAAACGUCCAACGCGGAAAUGAAAUAUUCAAAAGAUGGGAUUUGGAACGAAGACAUUAUUAUGAACGUUGAUGAUGGUACAUUACAUAUGAGAGCCGAAUUUUUCCCGGAAGAAAUUCACGGUCAGUGGAAAAUUGAAUGCGAUUCGAAUGCAAUCAUACUCGAAUCCACAAGGGGGAAAAUCGAUGGGAAAAAUUGGCAACUUUUUUUAAAAAUCCUUCCAUCCACCGUCAACGAUACCAUUAAAAUCUUUUUCGAUUUUAUGAUUUGCGGUGGCGAAACUUGCAUUUACAAAAAGAAAAUGUUAAAAGUAAAUAUUAGGAGAAAAGAAAAUUCGAUUCGUGCAGCUACUUGCGUCUUGAAAAAAAAUCUAUUAUGA